AUGUUAUCUCUUACAAUUACUGACAUCCAAAUCAGUCAAUUUCUCAAUCCGAAGUACAGCGAUUUGUCCAUUAGUUGUGGCGAUGAAGUCUUUCCAGCCCAUCGGAACAUCCUCUGUCCUCAAUCAAAGUAUUUUGAGGUCGCUUGUAGUAGUCGCUUUAAGGAAAGCAACGGCGAGAUCAUCCUUGAGAAUUGCAUGCUCAUCAAAAAGACACUUGAAUUCUUGUACACGGGCGACUAUACUUAUGACGGUACUCCAAUUACCCAAGCCCACCUGAACUUAAAGAAUAGUUCUGAAUGUUCACUCCAGACAUGGGCAGAAAAUAAUAUUGAGUUAGAUGCAGACACUGAACAAUACCCAAACCCAUCACGAAAAACCACUACUACAAAUUUUCAAACUUGUCAGGCCUUCUUCCACGCUCAAAUGUACACACAAGGUGAUUACUUUCAGAUCAACGAGCUUAAGAAGAAAGCAAAGGAUUACUUUAUGAAAUCUUUCCUGGAACAUCCCGACCAAGAUUCAUUCAGCUCCUCCAUCAUUGAAGUUUACAGCUCAACAGGGGAGCACGACCGUGGACUCAGAGAUCUUGUUGUCCAGCUCACGACGGAUAACCUCAAGAUUCUGAGGGAUGGGGAUAAUCCCAUACUCUGUGACAGACUUUUAGAAUCUGUUCCCAAAUUCAUGCUGGAGGUCUGGUUGUCGACCUUGGACAAGUGUGCUCAAUAUCAGAGGCAGCAGUAUGGAUACGACUAG